ACGUCAUCUGUCAAAUACGCAAAACGCGAGGCACUCUGGUCGUCGACAUAUCUCACAAAAACAAAACUUUUUCGAAAGUCCAGAAAAAUCCGCGAAAUUUCAUCCCCAAAAUGCUGAACAUAAUCCGGCGAGGUAUCAGCACAACGGCCGCUGCUGCUGGUAAGCACAAUUUCCGUAAAUUCCUGCUCUACAACAAGCGUGGAACACGCAUCUUCAAACGACUGCGAGCCGCCAAUCCGGAACAGUAUCCCGACAUGCCGAUCGACAAGCGAGGCGUUCGUGAUACGGGAGUGACCCGCGGGGGACAAUACCACGAAAUUGCGGAAAAAAUCCCGGACCUGAUCGUGCCCAGCUUGGAGGGGUGCAAGAUGAAACCGUACGUGUCCUACCGGGCCCCGGAUGUCAUCCAGUCGGAGUUCACCAGUCAAGAUCUGUUCAACGCCGUGUAUGCCCAGAAGGUGAUAGAUGACUUCAAGGGAGGAAAUUUGAACGAGGAUGGAACCCCCAAGGAGCCGUCGGAGGCGGAGCAGCUUACGCCUGAUGAGGCUUGGAUCCGAGCAAGGAAAACCGGUUCAGAUAUGUUUUGAGUAGGAACUGUGUACAAAGUAGUUAAGCGAUUUUGAAUAAAUUUAUGUAUUUCAAGUUUA